AUGACUGUCCAGGCCGCCACGAGGCCAAGUCCGCAUCCCUCUAUAUCGCGUUCUCACUCAAUACCACAUAGAAAUAUCAUCAGCAUCUCCCCCAAUUCUGCGCGAGUAACCGCGCCAGAAGGACGGACAGUUCCUCCCACGUAUCAUAUCUGUUCACCGACCCCACCAGAACCGCGAUCCCCGAGCCCAAAUUAUUUUGGCUUAAUUGUGGAGCCUCCGACCGAAUUUUGCGAAUCUGGUAUACGGUUUAGCGAGAAAUGGAGUCCUCAAAACUCAAUACAAUCGUUCGUGGCAGUCUCCCCAAAAUUCCAACCUAUUGAGUCGAAUCCCGAAUUUGAAGCGUUUCGAAAACAAAGCGAGGAAACUCAUGCCUUCAACUUAAGUCACGGGAACUUAUCAUUCUUCGCCACUUCGAUCUCACCUUCAAUCCAAACCCGCUCCAAAUUAGAAAAAAGACCUACCAAAUAUGAUAUCACCGAAAUGCCGUCACCCAAGUCACGUCCACGAAUGCGUGAGGGAGCUACUAUGUCGGAUCGACUGGAAAUGGAAACGAGGAAUGAAAGGCAUUCGUCCAGUAGCUUUCCAAUGUCGAAUGUCCCUGUGGAGAUUGCGAGAGACCUACAUAGCCCGGAUAUUAUCAAGGCCAAGAAUUCUUCGUACCUCAAAACAGCGAAUUCAUCAAAUCUCACAAAUAUGACAUCUUUAAAACACGAAAGAUACUUCGGUCUUACUCACUCCGGCGUAAAAUCUGUCACUCGACCCGAUGGAACGCAACAAUUCUCUAAGAUAAAACAUGAAGCAGCCUUGCGCUGUCAAGACGAGUUAUCCACCAUGAUUGACGUUUUGAACGCUAGCGAAAUAAUCGAAAGUCAUUCUGAAUCAAGCUUUUUACUAUUAGAUCUGCGUGUCUUUCCCCUAUUUUCUCAAUCACGAAUCAAAGGAGCAUUGAACUUGUGUAUACCAACUACGCUGCUCAAAAGACCUUCAUUUAACCUUCAGAAGCUUGAGGAUACUUUUACCAAUGAAGCAGAGAAAACUCGCUUUUCGAACUGGAAGCAGGCCAAAACAAUCAUCGCAUAUGACGUAAAUUCUCGAGAAAAAAAAGAUGCGAUAUCUGCCAUCAACACUUUCAAGAAAUUUGCUGCUGAGGGUUGGAAAGGCAAUCUCUACAUAAUAAAAGGCGGCUUCCAAGCAUUUUCCCAAACAUACCCAUCGCUAGUUGACCAUCGAUCAUGCAAAGAAAUACAAACAUCAAAAAUAAAUAUUUCUCUUGGAACUAAUCCUUCAAACAGUCUAUCAGUAUCUGGUGGAUGCAUUAUGCCUGCCCAAAAAAGUGCCAUGAUACCAUUUUUCAACAAUAUACGUCAAAAUCAGGACCUGAUUGAUGGAGUAGGUCAGAUUGAAGUCAAGAUGCCUGAAUACCUCACGCCAGAGAUGCUAAAGUCUCUCCCCGAAUGGCUUCUCGGUGCUGCUAAUGCAGAAGAUCAUGGAAAACAAGUAUCCGACAAGUACAUGCGACUAGAGCAGGAAGAGCUUGCCGUCAUGACGAAGGCUUUAUCCUCCGGAGUCUCUUACAACUCCCCCCAAAAUCAAUCUCAGUCUAUUAGGAUAGCUGGUAUCGAAAAGGGGGGCAAGAAUCGUUAUAAUAAUAUUUGGCCAUACGAACAUAGUCGGGUUAAACUGAUGAAAUCAUCACCUGACGCUUGUGACUACGUAAAUGCAAGUCAUAUCAAAGCAUCAAGGAGCAAUAAACGCUAUAUUGCAUCUCAAGGCCCCCUUCCAGCAACCUUCGAGGAUUUUUGGAGUGUUAUUUGGGAUCAGAAUGUUCGUGUGAUUGUUAUGCUGACAGCUGAAUUCGAGGGAGGUCAAUUAAAAUGUCACUCUUACUGGACCUCAAAUAAUUACGGCCAUCUAAAGUUAAAGCUUCUGUCAGAAAAAGACGUUCCCAUUGAAGCGACUCACAAUCAUGAUUCGCGUCGGCGCCGUGCCAACACAGUAAUUGAAAUGACCAGCCUGAGUCGAGGCGGUAGUCCUGCGAAUACCGAUAUUCCACACGUAAAUGUUCGCAAAUUCAGUCUUUCUAAUUCAUUAGAGCCGCUAUCCCCUGAGCGAGAGAUAACACAAAUACACUACAGUUUAUGGCCUGAUCUUGGCGCACCAGCUAGCCCAAGUCAGCUACUGAAAAUUGUAGAACUUAGCAAUGAUAUAAAACGAUCAGCAACUUAUACGCAUCAGAACACCAAAUUGGAUGAGGCGGAGGGCGAUCUGGAUAGUCCAAUGUUAGUCCACUGCUCGGCUGGGUGUGGCCGAACUGGUGCCUUCUGUACUAUUGAUACCGUAAUCGAUAUGCUCAAGCGCGAACGAAAGGAAUGCUUUGAGGAUGGAUCCUUAGGUGGAUCUUCCAUGAACAAUAGCCACCGACUUGAUGCCGACCAGAAAGACAAAUUUCCAACCCUCGGAGGUUCUUAUCAAUGGAAGGGAGACCUUGACUUAAUCGAAAAGACUGUAGAAGAUUUUCGUGGCCAGAGGCUAAGCAUGGUUCAGAGUCUUCGACAAUACGUGCUUUGUUACGAAGCAGUGCUCGAAUGGAUUGUGCAGCAGAGUUUCCCUGAUCAAAAAGUCAAGAUAAACGUACAGAAUCCUACUUAUGUUCUAAGAAAUACUAGCAGUGAGAGAGAUAGAGAUAGGUACAGCAGUAUUUGUUGA